GUAACUGAAUGUUAAUGAAAUGUAGUUUUAUUAAAUGUUAUUAAACACAGUACUGUAGUUCGGUUGGUUCCAAGGCGGAACUCUAGCUUACCGUUGCGGUUUCUUGACGGACUACAAUUGUUGUAAGACAGGGAAAAGGACGUCACAGACGUGGAGUUGUUUUGACAACAGUUUUAUUUUCAACAAAAUUAGUAGUUAGACGUCGAACAUGUCCAACAUAUUCACACCGACGAACCAAAUACGCCUCACGAACGUGGCGGUGGUGCGGAUGAAGAAAGGAGGUAAACGCUUCGAAAUUGCUUGCUACAAGAACAAAGUUCUCAGCUGGCGUUCUGGGGCGGAGAAAGAUCUGGAUGAGGUUUUGCAGACAAAUUCAGUUUUCGUCAAUGUCUCUAAAGGGCAGGUGGCUAAAAAGGACGAUUUGGUCAAAGCUUUCGGCACAGAUAACCUGACAGAAAUCUGCAAGCUGAUUCUAGCCAAAGGGGAGCUUCAGGUGUCAGACAAGGAGCGGCAGUGUCAGCUGGAGACUAUGUUCAGGGACAUCGCCACCAUAGUUGCAGACAAGUGCGUUAACCCCGACACCAAGAGGCCGUACACUGUCAGCCUGAUCGAGCGCGGCAUGAAGGAUAUCCAUUAUUCGGUCAACACUAACAAGAGCACCAAGCAGCAGGCGCUGGAGGUGAUCAAGCAGCUAAAGGAAACCAUGCAGAUCCAGCGGGCCCACAUGAGGCUGCGGCUCCUGCUCCCGGGCAAAGAGGCCAAGCGGCUCAAGGAGAAGGUCAAACCUCUCCUACAGGUCAUCGAGAGCGAAGACUUUGAAGAAAACCUUGAGAUUGUGUGUCUGGUGGAUCCUGGCUGCUACAGGGAGCUCGGCGAGCUGAUUCGCUGUGAAACCAAAGGUCGAGGCUCUGUGGAGGUCAUCAGUCUGAAGGAUGUGGAGGAAGGUGACGAGAAGCUGUAACAAAAUCUUAAAGAAAAAAAAACAAAGACCAUUGCCACUAAUUCAGUCAAUAAACUGCUAUUGUAUGUUUAAUCUCAACGCUACAAGCCCGUUUAUCUUUUAAUUACAACAGAUAAAUAUAACUGCAUAUUUAACUGAUUGCCUGCCACUGACAACAAUGGAUGUCCAAUUCAUUUAAACUGAGAGCACUAGCUAAGAAAGCUCAUUUUUCAGUGCCAACAAAUGUUAAUUCGCCCAUCUGAGUCAAAAUGGAUUGGAUGUCUAGCGCCGUCAAUGGCAGCAAGACAGUUAAUAACAUUUAUAUUUUAAUUAAAUGGCACCGUUUGGUUAAGAAAAAUCUUUAUUAAGUCACUCACGCACCAUGGAAAGAAAAAAAAGACACUUUAUUAACAGAAUGUGUAUUUACGACAUUGACAAAUGUUCAAAUCACGUGUAUGAGCCAACAAACUAUAUGUAAAGAAUUCCACAUGUAAAGUCGUUUUAAAAGAAUAAAGUAAUGUUUGGGGAAAAAUUAAUAUAUUUCAUGACUGUAAAAUUACAAAUAUUACCAUGAUAUGAAUGAUGGCGAAGUUGUAAUUUAAGGAAAUAUUAAGUGUAAAUGUUGCAAAAAUGUAAUUUGAAUAGAAUAAUGGUCUACUUUUAGGAGCAAAAAUACUUGUAGAAGAAACAACAAUAAUAAAGAAGGAGACAAUAUACCCGAAUUCUAUCAAUAAUUCUGAUUUAUUAACACCUUAUUUUUUAAGUAAACGGUAAACAGUACAUUCUAGUGACACAUUUCACAUUAGAAAAAUGAAAUAAAUACAAUUAUAACAGUCACAAUUUCAGUGUUUUUCCAUACAAUACAUGCAUUUCAUGGUAUUUUACUCAUUGCUUGUCAUUGACAAAGAUAGACGUCCAAUUGAUUUAAACUUGGAGGACAGACUGUGGAUGCUCAUGUUUCAAUGCCCAUGACUGUUUUAGAUGUCCAAUCCAUUUUGACUUGAGGUUUAAAAAAAUAAAACUGCUUAAAAAAAGCGAAAUCAUGCAAAACAAGGGAAAAUCUGCUUUUAAAAUAAAAUCAUGACAUUUUGUUCAGGAAAAAAAAGUGGCCAAAAAAAAAGUGAAAUAAAGUACGGUAAGUAAAAUUCUGCUUAAAAAAAGAAAUCCUGCAAACAAAAUUGAAUUUAUAGGUGGGGGGGUUAUAAAUA